GCUCACUUGGCCUCUUUCCGGCCAUUCCAGACAUGGCGGCCCCGCUGGGAGGUAUGUUCUCCGGGCAGCCACCGGGGUCCUUAGGGCCACCGCCGGGACUCCCGGGCCAGGCUUCGCUUCUUCAGGCCGCGCCAGGGGUUCCAAGAAUCUCUAACAAUACCUUGGUAGACGAAUUGGAAUCAUCUUUCGAGGCUUGUUUUGCUUCUCUGGUGAGUCAGGACUACGUCAAUGGCACUGAUCAGGAGGAAAUUCGAACUGGUGUUGAUCAGUGUAUCCAGAAAUUUCUGGAUAUUGCAAGACAGACAGAAUGUUUUUUCCUACAAAAAAGAUUACAGUUAUCUGUCCAGAAACCAGAGCAAGUCAUCAAAGAGGAUGUCUCAGAACUAAGGAAUGAGUUACAGCGAAAAGAUGCCCUGGUCCAGAAACAUUUGACGAAACUGAGGCAUUGGCAGCAGGUGCUGGAUGACAUCAACGUGCAGCACAAAAAGCCUGCUGAAAUCCCGCAAGGGUCCUUGGCCUACCUUGAGCAGGCAUCUGCUAAUAUCCCUGCACCUAUGAAGCAGACCUGAUCAAAAGAGCAAAGUGGAUCAGCCUAAAACUUAUCUCACAUUUCAUUCAGCCUGAAAACAGUUUUGCAAAGCAUGAUUUCUUGUGGACCUGGCAUUUUGGAAGAACUCUGACAGGCAAUGAGUCGAUUUUAGUUUUAUGUUUCUACCUAAAAUUUUUACUCUAUUUUUAUAAGCUGUUAAUUUCUUUAGAACUUUCUAAAAUGCUUAUAGCUUUGGUAAACCAAGUAAAAUUUUUUUGUCUUUAGCUAAGUUUAGAUAGUGUGAUGCCACUUGUAGAUUUCCUUUUAUGCUUUUAUUGUUUUCUGGUUUUUGUGUUUUGUUUUUUUUUUUAAUCUUACGUGUGUAUUUCUGGUUUUUAGAUAAGUUUGUAUGAUAUUAGGGAGAAAAUUAAACUAGCCUGGGAAUCAGGAGAUGAGAUAAUUAUUCCUUAGUGGUAGUAUAGAAAAAUAUGUAAAUUUGUUGUUUUGGAGCUUUGAACUACCUCAAGAAGAGGAAUCUAACAGUGUUUGCAAUAUUUCUGGAGCUCUCAUAGUGAAGCUAUUUUAUAAAUAGGAGUAUUAUAAUAUCCUAGGUUAGUGUAGUAGAUUUACAGUAGGUUUCUUGUUGAUCAUUUUAUUUGGGAUGAGUUUAUUCUGUGUGGUGUUUAAUUUGGGGUGGAGGAGUAAAGUAGUAAAAGAGACGAUAUGCUAAAUUUGUUAUGGUAAAUAAAUCAGUUAUAAGUUACGUGGUGCAACCCCUUGUCACAUUGGAUGGCAGUUGGGGCACAGGUGAUUAUGAUGGAUGAAAGUUGCUGUGCUAGUCCAGUUUAGUUUAGUUUUUGCCUUUUUGGAGUAUAGGCUGUUCAGACCUGAGCUGAGAGAGUUGAGCUGCCAGGUAUUGAAGUAGUUGAUUAAGACGAUGAGCCACAAUGAAAGUUCACAGUCAAGCCAGUUUGCUCAGAGACUCUGUUUCUGGGCAGUAGUUUUAGCAUGGUCCAGGGUCCAGCAUUUGGGACAGCUUUGCCAUGUUGUUUUGGCAUCUUAUAACGACGAUGUGUAUGUAGGCCCGGCCUAGGAUGGUUCUGAAUUUCCAUGAGCCGUCUUGUGGAUCCAGGAGGUGAUUGGUUGCACAUCUGUUUGCUUAGGGGAGGAGAACAAAUCAGUCUCCACAUCUGACAGGUGCAGUCAGUUCAUUGGUUGUUUCACUUGGUCAGCUUAACUUCUAGCAAGCAUCCACAUGGGUAACCACAAGCUUAUUAGGAGCAGAACUGACUUUUAUCCAAAUGUUCUGUCCCCACAGGCAGACUUGGUUUAUGUGUCAGUCUGAAGCUUGCCAGUGGCCUGAGCAAAAGGGCGGUCUGUUAGCCAUGGCCUAUGAGUCACCGAAAUUACAGCUGGGUAGAUUUGUGGUCUUCCAUGUGCCCUGCUAAGAGGGCCCUAACUGCAGCAGUCUGUCAGGUUUUGGUCCCAAAGGGCUUUGCUUUACAGUCUUUUUGGGGGUGGGGGCUUAAACCUCUCUUUCCCCCUCCCUGCUUCUGGUCCCAUUGUUGGAGGGCCUUAAAUAGUGUAUAGAGAACUGCUUGUCCAGCUUUCUUUGGACCCCUUUGUUGGAUCUCUAAUCUGGCCCCUUGGGUGAGCUUGGCUGGGGAGUCAGGGGCUAAAGAGAAGGACCAGUAGUUGCCCUCAGAACCAAAUAGCUUUGUGAACAAUCUGCUAGAAUUCUCGAAGAAUGCCCUGCAGCUGCCACUAGCACAUCCCAGGAUCCAUUGGCAAAGCGCCCCACAAGACACUCGGACUCUUGCAAAGGAUCCACCAGCGCCAUCUGAGAGGGCCCCAGGGACUCCACUAGCACCCCUUGUGAAGUGCCCCACAGACUUUCAGACCUUUUGUUCAUCCACAAUGGCAUUGCAUGUAGUCCACCACCCUGCUCACUAUGCCAGUUUGUCAGGAGCUGAGCUGAGUGGGGAAGUCUUAGCUCCCAGUGUUGAGGUGGUCGAUUAAGAUAACAAGCCAAAAUGAAAGUAACUGUCAAAUCUUUCUUAACUUACUGUGAUAGUAUAAGCAAGAGGCUAGACAGGAGAAAGCGCAGACUGCCCCAGUGUUCCAUUUUCCCCAUGGGAUGGCACUGGGCAAGGGUCAGGUGGAUCAGCACGGAUGUGCAGUUGUCUCACUGCUGAAGGAGCCCAAACAAGACUCCUGCCAUUUUAUGGAACCAGAAGGGAGGAAGAGGGACAAGUGCUAGCAGUGGAAAAGUACUGAGUACUGAGUCAGAGUGAAGAAGAAUAUCUUCAACUCCCUCCCCCCCCAACCAUAAGAAGGUCUCAGUAGAGGCUCCUGGGAAGGCCUUGGCUGAGGGCUUCCUGACAGGGAGGCACCUGGGCUAGGAAUGCAGAUAUGCCUAAAAGCAUGGCCAGCCAGGGCCUGAGUCCUUGACUACACCUUCCUUCAGAGGCUGUGAUGUACCAGCUAUGCUCCAAGUUCACUGUAGGGAGAACAGCUUCCCCCCAGGAGGCCUGCCUGGUAAAGCCUUUGUAAUUGCCUGUGGUUGGGCCAGAAUGAUCAUAUAUAGGAUUUUGGUUGGGAGCCAGACUCCUCAGAUGCAAUUUCUGUUAAAGAAGUUUCCUGCUAAUGGAUGGUAUUGAUUCCAAUGGACUGGGGCCCUAGGCUGGGGGUUGGGUAGCAAGGUGGUUCUCAGCUUUCUGACCACCACAAAAAGCAUGCCAAGUCUCAGCCUCUGGGAACUGUCCUACCCUUUUGUUAUUUCAUAGGCCCCCUCAGAUUCCCUGUUGAAUUGCUGUUCAGAAAUACAGAACAGCAUUGUUCCUGGUGCUGGUUGGAUGAGGUUUUUGGUUCUCUGAUUUAUACAGUCUCAUUAGAUUACAUCCCUCUACCCAAAACAGACCCUCCAUUGUCUUCUGAAUGGGCCGCACUUCUGUGAUUUGGUGCCUUGGCUUGUUUGCUUUCUCCAGUCUUGAAGGCGCCUUCCCACACCCACUGAUACCCUACUCCUUGUUCUUGGUCUGGCUCAGAUGGAAUCUAAUCUGUGAAGCCUCCAAACUCCACCCUUCUGCCUUCCCAGGGCUCUGCACUUUUUAUCUCUAUUCCACCCUUGCUUGGCUCUCCCUUGUAGUUUGGUGAUUUGUAUCUCUGCCCCUUGCUUUGAAGCCCAUGAGAAGCAUGCAUUAUUCCCCUUUAAAUAUAUAGGGACCAUAUGUUAUUUACUUGUUAUACUUAAUCCUUAGUAUUCAGUCGUGUGGGUGUGGCAUAUGCAGUGUCUGGCAUAUACGCCUGUGAUUCCCAGCCUGAUGGCAAUGAACCCCUGGCAAAGGUAACAACACCUAUUCACCUGUUUUGUAUGCUAAAAAUAAACUUUGAAUGUAUCUCAAUUAGAAUGUAAUGGUUAAAGAUUUUAAAAGUUUUUACUCAUAUUACAUAUCAUUUCAAGGUUGUUAACCUGGUUGUCUCAUACCAAUUAAAAACUCUUAAUUGGCAGCUUUAGAUUUCUUCAUUAAAACUUAAACUGAUUAAAGAAGUUUUAGGUCUUUGAAAAUAAGGGGUUCUUGGUAGAAAGAUUGGGGACUGUUCUACUUGGGGCUUAGUGAAAAUUUUAAUUUAUGUGCCAGUUAUUGCUACUAAGUUUUCUUUCAAAUAAAUAGUAAUUUGUCAAUCUUG